CGUUUCUAUAGAAACUAGCACGUCGAGCAGGAAGAGGAAGUGUAGGUCGUGUUUGAGAAGUUUUUUUUAGUCCAAAACACAAAGUAAGUUCAGUAAUCGAUACUUAUCGAUUAGCUGACCGCCAGCACGGACACUACCCGACAAACAACACCAUGGGUACAGCAGCCAGUAAAUUACCGAAAGAUCUGUUGUCCGAGUAUCAGGAGCUCACGUUUCUCACGAAGCAAGAAAUUCUCCUGGCACAUAAGAGAUUCACUGAACUCCUGGAUCGAGGAGACAGACAGCAGGCUUUCAACUCUCGUGUACCCAUGACUAAAGUUCUUACUUUACCUGAGCUCAAGUCCAAUCCCUUCCGAAAAAGGAUCUGCAAUGUUUUCUCAACGUCUGAUGUAAAGGAUGGGAGCUUGUCCUUUGAAGACUUCUUGGAUCUCCUAAGUGCCUUCAGCGAUUCAGCAACGCUUGAAAUCAAAUCUCACUAUGCGUUUAGAAUCUUUGACUUCGAUGAUGAUGGGACCCUUGAUUCUGGAGAUCUUGAGAAAUUGGUGAACUGCCUGACUGGAGAGACAGAGGACACACGACUCACUUCUGAGGAAAUGAAGCAACUUAUAAACAAUAUUCUUGAGGAGUCAGACAUCGACAAAGAUGGAACAGUAAACCUUUCUGAGUUUCAGCACGUCAUUUCCAGAUCUCCUGACUUUGUCAGUUCAUUCAAGAUUGUGCUGUGAAGCGUCAGAAGCACUGAAAACAUUUUGUGGUCCGAUGCAUUCACGACAGGACAACAGUACUUUCCUCUUUUCUUAACAGUCCUAAUGUAGGUGUUAAUUGACAUAUACUCUUAUCAGUAUUUCUAUGCUUUUCUAAUUUAUAAAGAAAUCUGUACAUAUUUUCUGCACAACCUUUCUUUACUCUAAACCUGUAUUUUUGGAGAUAUUUUAUAUUUAAUAAACGCAUGUUGUUUCCCUA